GUGGUACACAACUCCUGCCUGCGAUUUCCCGCCAAACUUGACCCGCACUCCUAGUGUGAGGAUCUGGUAAGGGUCUCUUCACCGCGGCAAACAUGGUUCGACCACUGAACUGCAUCGUCGCCGUGUCCCAGAAUAUGGGCAUUGGCAAGAACGGAGACCUACCCUGGCCGCUGCUCAGGAAUGAGUUCAAGUACUUCCAAAGAAUGACCACAACGUCUUCAGUGGAAGGUAAACAGAAUCUGGUGAUUAUGGGUAGGAAAACCUGGUUUUCCAUUCCUGAGAAGAAUCGACCUUUAAAGGACAGAAUUAAUAUAGUUCUCAGUAGAGAACUCAAGGAACCACCACAAGGAGCUCAUUUUCUUGCCAAAAGUCUGGAUGAUGCCUUAAAACUUAUUGAACAACCAGAGUUAGCAAAUAAAGUGGACAUGGUUUGGAUAGUCGGAGGCAGUUCUGUUUACCAGAUACCCAGGCGUCCUCUCUGAGGUCCAGGAGGAAAAAGGCAUCAAGUAUAAGUUUGAAGUCUAUGAAAAGAAAGACUAAAAGAAAGAUGCUUUUGAGUCUGCUUCUUCCCUCCUAAAAUUGCGCAUUUUUAUAAGACCAUGGGACUUCUGCUGGCUUUAGAUCUAUGAGUAAUUAUUUCUUUAGGGAGGGGUAGUUAGGAAGAAGUGUUUGUUUUGUGGUACUGGAGAUGGAACCUAAGGCCCUGUGCAUGCUGGGAAAUGCUGUACUGCUGAGCCACCCCAACCCCAGCCCGUAGAGAAUUCUAAACAAUGUUUUCAUUUCCCAUUAAUCUAACUAGGUUAUAUUAAAUAUUCCUUAAGAAGUAUCACUUGCUAUAAAGGUCUCCAUGCCUCCCCCCCAUGAGGCCUCAAGUGGCUCCCUAGCAUAUGCAUAAGGUAGUAUGUGUACAGAGACCCCAAAGUCGUAAAGCCCCUGGAACAUGAGCUGAUACAGGGCUCACAGAAAUAGGGACUAGACAGAUAAGUCCAAAGGGCAGAAAUCGGUUUGAAACAGCAGAGCUGGAACUCGGACUUUAAAAGAAAAUGAGAUCAAAGUAGAGACUAGAUUAUUCUGUGCACAUCACACUUGCUGCAAAGCCCUGUUCACUCAGACAGAAAAUCGGUAAAUUGAGAACUCCAUUGUGCUCCACAGAGAUGAGAGCAGGUGGAAGAUUAUGUAAGGUCUGAAACAUUGAAAUUGUCUGUUUCUCAUCUUCAGUGAGAUUCCAGGGGAUAUUACAGUGACAGAACAAGAAUAGGUACUUUCUACAAAAAAAAAAAAAAAUUAAGUAAUAGCAAGCACAAUAGCUACUGUUAAGAACUCAGAGAUAAUGAAUUGAGAACAGAUACUGCUUGAGAUGAAAAUAAGUGAGAAACUAAACUUUAUAAAAUUAAAAAUUGAGCAUUAAAAUGGCUUUCCUCAUCUCAACAAGGUUAAUAUCAUCAAGUCAAAGAAAAUAUUUCUGCCCGGCCUUGUAAAUUAGUGUGAUCUUUUUAUCUUUUACUUGACAAUUUUCAUAUAUGUUUACAAUGUGUCUUAAUCAUACCAGGUCCUCAUCCUCACUUCUCCACUACCUGUGUAUCUUCUUUUUCUUUUUAUUACCAUCUGAAGCCAGUGAGUGCUUUCUUCAUGUUCCUAGGUGUGUGCUAUCUACUGAAGUAUGGGCAACCUACCAGUGGACA